AAUUCAUCAUUCACUCACUCCCUCGAAUCGAAUAAAUAUAAUUCACAAUGCACGGAGGUUCAGACGGUAAUGACGUUCAAGCUAUCAUUGCUCAAAAGCGUUUAGAAAUUGCAGGUAAGCCAGGUAUUGCUGGUUUAAUUGCCAACAGAAAAUCUUUCCUUAUUGCAGUUUUUGCAUCCCUCGGUGGUUUAGUCUACGGUUAUAACCAAGGUAUGUUUGGUCAAAUUUCUGGUAUGACCUCUUUCUCAGCAGCUGCUGGUGUCGGUAAGAUUCAAGAUAAUCCAACUUUGCAAGGUUUAUUGACCUCUAUUUUAGAAUUGGGUGCUUGGGUCGGUGUGUUAAUGAACGGUUACGUCGCCGAUAGAGUCGGUAGAAGAUGGUCUGUUAUGUUUGGUGUUGCUUGGUUUAUUCUCGGUGUUAUUAUUCAAGCUUGUACUCACGGUGCUAACUAUUCAUUCAUUCUUGGUGGUAGAUUCAUUGUCGGUGUCGGUGUCGGUAUUCUUUCUAUGAUUGUCCCAUUAUAUAACGCUGAAGUUGCUCCACCAGAAAUUAGAGGUUCCUUAGUUGCUUUACAACAAUUGGCUAUUACUUUCGGUAUUAUGAUUUCUUAUUGGAUUACCUAUGGUACUAACUUCAUUGGUGGUACUGGUGAAGGUCAAAGUAAGGCUGCUUGGUUAGUUCCAAUUUGUAUUCAAAUGGUUCCAGCUUUAAUCUUGGGUUCUUGUAUCUUCCUUAUGCCAGAAUCCCCAAGAUGGUUAAUGAACGAAGGUAACGAAGAAAAGUGUUUGGAUGUCCUUUCCAGAUUACGUGGCUUAGACAGAAACAACGAAUUGAUUCAAAUGGAGUUCCUUGAAAUGAAGGCUCAAAAGAUUUUCGAACAUGAAUUAGAAGCCACUGCUUACCCAGACUUACAAGAUGGUUCUGCUUCUUCUAGAUUCAAGAUUGGUUUCCUUCAAUACAAGUCUAUGCUUACUCACUACCCAACUUUCAAGAGAGUUGCUGUUGCUUGUUUGAUUAUGACUUUCCAACAAUGGACUGGUGUUAACUUUAUUUUGUACUAUGCUCCAUUUAUUUUCGCUUCCUUAGGUUUAUCUGGUAAGACCACUUCCUUAUUGGCUUCUGGUGUUGUUGGUAUCGUCAUGUUCCUUGCCACUAUUCCAGCUGUCUUGUGGGUCGAUCAAUUGGGUAGAAAGCCAGUCUUGAUUUCUGGUGCUUUACUUAUGGGUAUGUGUCAUUUCGUUGUUGCUGGUAUCUUGGGUGGUCUUCACGGUGAUUUCACCAACAACAUGGGUGCUGGUUGGGCUGCCGUUGUCUUUAUUUGGUUAUUCGCCAUCUUCUUCGGUUACUCUUGGGGUCCAUGUGCCUGGGUUAUUGUUGCUGAAGUUUUCCCAUUAGGUUUAAGAGCCAAGGGUGUUUCCAUUGGUGCUUCUUCUAACUGGUUAAAUAACUUCGCUGUGGCCAUGUCUACUCCAGAUUUCGUUGCCAAGGCUACUUACGGUGCUUAUAUCUUCUUAGGAUUGAUGUGUGUCUUUGGUGCUGCUUACGUUUUCUUCUUCUGUCCAGAAACCAAGGGUAGAACUUUGGAUGAAAUCGAUGAAUUAUUCGGUGAUACUUCUGGUGUUUCCAAGAGAGAAGGUGAAAUCCGUAACCGUAUUCUUAAGGAAGUUGGUUUAUUGGAAUUAAUUGGCUUAGAAGAAUUAGACUCUGACAAGUCUAAGGGUGGUGAUGUUCAUUACCAAGAAGAAAAGGCCGCUGAUGCUGAUGCUGACAGUGCUUAAAAGAACAGGUUUCUUUAAGGCAUAUCUCUUUUAUCUGUGUUUUACAUAUAUAAAUAUUAAUUAAUUAAUAAAGUUGAAUUUGUU